CCUGUAUAUCACGAGAAGAAAACCUCUUAUCGUCCACAUCACCUGGGAGGACGGCGCAUUGAUAAGUAGCUCGUGGUACGUGGCGGAGGUCUCCACACAAUAGAAGAAAGCCAGAAUGGAGAAAUUCCUGCUCUUGGUUCUCGUCCAGUUUGCUGCAGCUCUAGUGGACGAGGCUCCGCACUACGUGUCAUGUGACGGCUUUCCGGAGGGCUUCAAGGAGGCUGGGUGCUGGGGGAAGGUGGUCUGCGUCAACCACCAGCCGGUGGUCACCCGUUGCCACGAAGGCAUGAUGUAUGACUACGACACCGACAAAUGUAUACCGCUCAGUCCAGGAGCCAGCACAACGGCCUGCAACAGCCCCGUGGACUGCACCGGCCUCCAUGAUGGCCGAUACGCCGACCACAGCGAUGCGUGCAGGUCUUAUUUCAUCUGCUACCUGGGCUCCUUCUACGGCCGCAUGUACUGCCCCAGAAAUACAUACUUCAACGAACCACUGCAAAUCUGUGACUUCUACGGCCACAUCCAGUCACCGUGUGGGUCUUUCACGGGUGUCUACCCGAAUGAUAUCACUCCAGCGGGACCCUGGGCAGAGGUCACUGCCACUGUGGUGGGGUAGAGUGAUUGAGCGCCCGCGGCCGGCUGGACCAUGUCCCCUGACUCCGUGUCUCGUGCCAAAUGUUUUAUGAUGAAAUCGAUGAAUCGAAAAUAAAUAACAAAACCGAAGCAAAACUGCA